AUGCAUGCAGGACCUGCAUCAUCUCUGCUGCCUCUCUGGAGCCCCAUCUGUCCAGGUAACAGUCUCUUUUUUGGUCUUAUUCUCCUAGGGAUAUCUAUGCCUAUUCCAGUCAUUGGUUUGCAGGAUGACUCCAGAGUGUUCAUAAAUGGGACCUGUGUCCUCAACGAUGAGAACUUUGUCCUCAUUGGAUCGUUCAUGGCGUUCUUCAUCCCUCUCAUCAUCAUGGUGAUCACAUACUGCUUGACUGUUCAGGUGCUGCAGAGACAGGCAACGGUGUUCAUGUGUGGAGAGGUGCCCAAGCAGAGGAGGAGCAGCGUAAACUGCCUCAAGAAGGAAAACAACACAGAGAACAUUUCAAUGCUUCACAAUCACGAGGGGGCAUCUCACUUGAACUCUCCUGUGAAUAAAGAAGCAGUGCUUUUUCGGAAAGGAACUAUGCAGUCCAUCAACAAUGAACGAAGAGCCUCCAAGGUCCUGGGCAUUGUCUUCUUUUUGUUCCUCAUCAUGUGGUGCCCAUUUUUCAUCACUAAUGUCAUGUCUGUCCUUUGCAAGGAAGCCUGUGAUAAAGACCUUUUGAGUGAACUCCUUGAUGUCUUUGUUUGGGUGGGAUAUGUUUGCUCUGGGAUUAAUCCUCUCGUGUACACACUCUUCAAUAAAACAUACCGCAGGGCUUUUUCCAAUUACAUCCGUUGCCAGUACAAGACCAGUAAAAAAUCAGCACUGCGGCAGAAUCAGUGUCUGAAUGUUGCUUCAACAGCUUUAUAUGGGAAAGAUCUGACUUUAACUAGUUAUCGAAAUGGCAAUGAACUCACUAGCAUGGAACUAGAUGAAGUUGAGGAGGGCCUUGCAAUGCAACCAGGGACUUCAGAGGUCUCCAUAAACAGCUGUAAUGUUGUAAGCGAAAGAGUGAGCUGUGUGUAAAGGUGGCUCUCCAGCCUUUCGCUACGGUGUAUCUGUAGCCAAAAUAUAUUGUGUAAAAAUGUAAGUGUCGGUCAAAGGAUGAUGUAAAUAUUGCGUUCUGAACAAAGCUUUUUUCUUUUUUUUUUUAAGAAAAGAGUUGUCUUUGCAGUCCAGUACUUAAGAUCAUAUAUAUUAAUAUACUGCAGUGAAGUUUAAGGUUCUAUAUUUACUGUUAAUACUAGAUCAGAACUAUUAGUUACUUUGCAUAUGUCAUGGGCAAAAUGUUUGAAUUCUUCUUCCAGUGCAUGAACAAAAAUGCUGAAUAUUUAUCUCAGGUGGCAUUUGCUGGAGUCCAGAAUGGCACGUUAAUAGUUAUAUAUCAAAUACAUGCUAUUAGACUUGGUCAGUAUAACUUUCUUUUUCAAGUUGACAGUAAAUAUAUACUUUA